AUGUUGGAAGGAGAGAUAUUAACAGAUUGUGUUAUUAAGAUUGGUGAAGAUUCCAUAAAAACACACCGUUGUAUUUUGGCAAACAACAGUAAAGUGUUUCAAAAAAUGUUCGAGCAAAAUGGAAUGAUUGAAGCACAAAAAGUAAUGAUAUUAUAAAUAU